AUGAGGACCACCGAGAACUUUGACGGGGCUAGCGCCACGCCAAGCGCUCCCGGCGCUCCCAAGGACGGGUUCAUCUAUCUGGAGGCGCUCCUGGAGGGAGGGGCUCCCUGGGGCUUCACUCUGAAAGGUGGCUUGGAGCACGGAGAACCGUUGAUCAUUUCCAAGAUUGAAGAAGGGGGCAAAGCUGACCUGGUGAGCUCCAAAUUGCGAGCUGGGGAUGAAGUUGUGCACAUCAAUGAGGUGGUGCUGAGCAGCUCCAGAAGGGAAGCCGUAUCCCUAGUGAAGGGAUCCUACAAGACCCUCCGGCUGGUUGUGCGCAGAAAUGUGUGUGCAGAUCCGGGCCAUGCAGAUCCUGAUGUCUCUGACUCCUCCAGCCUAGAGCAGCUCAUCUCUGGUCCCGAGCAUAGGAAAGCAUCCUGGUCAGGAGGGGUGAAACUUCGGCUAAAGCACAGGCGCAGUGAGCCUGCAGGCCGUCCUCACACGUGGCAUACAACCAAAUUUGGGGAGAACCGACCUCAUGCCAGCAUGAUGCAGAUAUCUCAGGGCACGAUGGGCCCUUCUUGGCACCAAAGCUACCAUUCCAGCUCUUCUACAAGUGACCUCUCUAGCUACGACCAUGCUUAUCUGAGACGGAGCCCUGACCAGUGCAGUUCCCAGGGGAGCAUGGAAAGCCUGGGGCCCAGUGGAGGGUACCCACCCUGUCAUCUUCUUUCUCCUGCCAAAUCCACCAGUAGCAUUGACCAGCUCAGCCACCUCCACAACAAGAGAGACUCAGCAUACAGCUCCUUCUCCACCAGUUCUAGCGUCCUCGAGUAUCUACCCCCUGGUGUCUCCAACCGUGAGCAAUCAGGCUCCAUGGACAUAACUUCUGGUAGAGGUGGCAUCCUAGAAGGGAUGAAGCAGGCAGACAUCCGCUACGUCAAGACAGUUUAUGAUACCCGGAGGGGAGUCUCAGCUGAAUAUGAAGUGAACUCUUCAGCCCUGCUUCUUCAAGGUAGGGAUGCCCCAACAUCAACAAAUAGUCAGGGCUAUGAUAAAUGGCAUAGUAUUCCUCGAGGCAAGGGAGCACCAUCCCCUUCCUGGAACCAGCAGUGUCCUAGUUCCUUAGAGAUGACCACUGACAACCUGUCUCAUGUGGGCGCACCCUUGCCCCCAACUCGGAGUGACAGUUAUGCUGCCUUUCGGCAUCGUGAGCGUCCCAGCUCCUGGUCUAGCCUUGAUCAGAAACGUUUUUGCCGGCCUCAGACAAACUCUUCAGGCUCCUUGAAAUCCCCAUUUAUUGAGGAACAGCUACAUACUGUCCUAGAGAGGAGUCCAGAGAGCAGCCCCCCAGUGAAGCCCAAGCAUAGUUAUACCCAGAAGACCCAACCUGGCCAGCCUCUGCUUCCCACUGGCAUCUAUCCUGUACCUUCUCCAGAGCCACACUUUGCCCAGGUGCCCCAACCUUCUGUAAAUAGUAACGGUACACUGUACCCUGCACUGGCCAAGGAGAGUGGAUAUGCAGCCACUCAGGGUGCUUGCAAUAAGAUAGCUACUUUGGAUGAGAAUGGGAACCAAAAUGGAGCUGGCAGGCCUGGGUUUGCCAUUUGCCAUCCCCUAGAACAUGAUUCACUGUCCCCAGAGGAAAUGAAGCCAGAACCCACUGCCACUUAUAUCCCCUGCAAAGUCCAUUUUUCCUCAGUGCCUGAAAAUGAGGACUCCUCCCUGAAGAGACAUCUCACACCUCCCCAAGGCAACACCUCACAUCCCAGUGACAGAAAGAACACCCACAGCAAUAGACCAUGUUCUAAUCACAGCUUCCAAUCCCCUCAAGUGGGUGAUGAAAGGAAACUGUCCAAGCCCUCAGAACCCUGGGAGGGUGACUUCCAAGAAGACCACAAUGCCAACCUCCAGCAGAAACUGGAGAAAGAAGGCUUAAGCCAGAGCCUGUCCAGCAACUUUGGCAGGACCAAGUUAGCCUUAUCUCUCCAGAACAUUCCAGAGAGUAUAAGAAGACAGAGCAACCAGGAACUAGGAGGAGCCCAGGAGGGUUACCCUGGGAGCAGGCCCACCUGUGCAGGGAACACCAAGGUGGAGGACCCUGAAAGGAAAGUCGUGGCUGGCCACAGGAGCUACCCAAACAGGCCUGUUUCCUAUCCAAAGCCUGAAGGGAAAACAAACACCUCAACCUCUUUCCACAGUACUGACUCAAGGAAUGAAGAACCAGCAGUCCCUGCACACCAGCAGACAUCCAGCCUGGGCGGGAGACUCAACUCAGGCAGUACCUCCGCCUUGCAGUAUAGGAAACCCCACUGCUCCGUGUUGGAGAAGGUAUCCAAAAUAGAGCAGCGAGAACAAGGGAGUCAUAGACCCUCUAGUGUGGGCAGCUCCAGUUAUGGCCUUAACUAUAGGCCCAACAGGACCGGCCUGACUUCCAGUACUUCUGGGAGUGACUUUGAGGAACCAAAGGCCAGUAUCCAUUAUUCAGAGUUCACUGAGCCACGCAAUGGGGAACCGAACUGCCAAACCAGCGACCCUAAGUUGGAAGAGGUUUCCUGGCAGCCCUGUGGUUAUCCAUUAAGGAAGGAUGCGGAUGGCCGCCGAGGGCGUCCACUUGGAGGCAGUGAGCCCCUGAGGCCAGACACCCGCCUGCUCCGCAGCCAGAGCACCUUUCAGCUCUUCAGUGAAGUGGAGAAAGAAGCUGUGUGGUCGGUGGACAGGCCCAGGACGCCAGAGUCACCCAUGUUGGAUGUGCCCUUCAGCCGUACCUACAGAAACAGUAUCAAAGAUGCCCAGUCCCGUGUCCUAGGGGCCACCUCUUUUCGCCGGCGGGACCUGGAGCCAGGGGCCCCUGUGAUCUCGAGGCCCUGGCGCCCCCGGCCAGCCUCAGCCCACGUGGGGCUGCGGAGCCCAGAGAUGCCCAGCACGGCCUCUGCCUCCCCACACACCCCUCGGGAGCGGCACAGCGUGACCCCAGCCGUGACCCCCACCCUGCUGGCACCUUCAGCCACUGCCCGGAGGGGUCCACGCCGCCGCCUGACGCCCGAGCAGAAGAAGCGUUCCUACUCGGAGCCAGGCAAGAUGAAUGAGGUCGGGGUCUCGAAGGAGGAGGCCGAGGGUCCUCCAACGACGGAGGAGCUGCGCCUUCCUGAGAGCACGGUGGCCGACAGGCGCCGCAUCUUUGAGCGUGACAGCAAGGCAGGCUCCCCGCUCAGCCUGUCGGGGCAGGAGCUGAAACAGUUCCAGCAGAGCGCCCUGGCCGACUACAUUCAGCGGAAGACCGGCAAGCGGCCCUCUGCCGCGGCCAGCUGCGGUCCUCCAGAGCCCGGGCUGCGGGAGCGUGCCCAGAGCACCUACCUCCAGCCCAGUAUUGCAGAGCCAGAAGGCAUCGGCAUGGCCUCAGCCUCCAGCCUGAGUUCACUUCGGGAAUCCAGCCUGCAGCCCCGCAGGGAGGGCACCCAUCUCACUACUACCACAGAGGCCCCCCGGGCUCCCAGAGAUCGCAGCAGCUCCUUUGCUGGCGGACGCCUUGUUGGGGAGCGGCGACGCUGGGACCCUCCGGUCCCAAGGGAGCUGCUCAGUGCAGCUAACUGCGGACCAAGGGACAUCCAGAGGGUGGACAGGACCCCUGGAAGGCCCCCUUCCUUGGGAACAGUGGCCAAGAAGCCUGGAAAGUCCAAGUCUGCUGAGGAUUUAUUGGAGCGCUCUGAUGUCCUGGCAGUCCCAGUCCAUGUGAGAUCCAGGUCGUCUCCCACUGCAGACAAGAAAGGUCAGGAUUUGCUUCCGGGAGAAGACAAUGGCUUUGGCUUUGUGAAGGAUCCAGGUUGCUUGGCUGACCCUGGAUCUAGGUCUCUCAGUUAUUCAGACAGAGGCCAAGAAGAAAUGCCAUUGCCCGUACAGCACCCUCAUUGGGGUGGCUCAGGCUGCAAAGCCACUGUUGGUUCAUCAAUUCCUAGCGAAUGCCUUGCAGCCCCAGACCAUCUGAGGCAAGCCAGCAGAAUGCCUUGCCCUAGGCCCCUGUCAGCAGGAAUGCAAGGAUACCUUCUGGAUGCCAUGGUUUGUCCCUUGACCCCACUCAGCUCUCCUCUGCCUUCACCUGUUCCCUCCAGCAAUCAUUCACAACUUGCCACUGAUCAGCAGACUGGAAGGGACAGUCAGGCAGGGCGACAGCCUCUUCCACCCUAUGCCCCUGCAGUGACUCACAGAAGUGAUGGUAACACUCUGACCCAGCCUUCCAGUGCAAGAGUCCAGGAGUUUAACAGUCCAGACCCUGGAGUAGAAGAGGGAAUGUGGAAGAGGGUCUUGCUACCUCAACGUCCCUCUCCACCAUGGGUGAAGUGGGCCCAUGCAGUCAGAGAGGAUAGCCUUUCUGAGGAAGCCUCUGCACCUGAGUUUGCAAACCCAAAGCACUAUAAAAAACAACCAAGUCUUCUGAGUUCAUGCAGCACUUCUGACCCAGACACUCCAGGGAAGGUCUCCCUCCGAAUAUCUGAGUCAACCCUGCAGGCCUCCCCCCCGCCCCGGGAGGACUAUGAUGAUGAAGUGUUUGUGAAGGACUUGCUCCCCAAGGCUACUUCAAGCCCUACAUUUGAAGCUCUUCCUCCACCAUCACCUCCUCCAAUGAGUCAUGAAACUCCAGUGAGUAGCUCGGAUAAUUUUCCUCCACCUCCUCCUCAAGCCCCUUAUGAAGUGCCUGUGGACAGGGAAGCACACAGGGAGCCUGGCAGCAGCUCCAGCAGAUUUUCCAAGGUGACAGUUACAAGGGAAAGGCACGUGUCUGGUGCGGUCCAUUUGGAAGGUAAUCAGAUACUGGCUUCCUCACCACCCAAAGCCUUGGUCAAAGGUUCAGGGGCCAGUGAGUCUGACCCACCUUCCAUCAUGAGUAUUCAGCCCCAAUUCACUGGAUCUCUUGACAAGAAGCCAUCUCCCAGCUGGACCCAAAACCUCAUCCAUGAACCAGUUGGUGAAAUUCAGGAUGUAGAAAAGAAAGUCAGUGCUGAGCCUCAGAAAACCUCAGAAGACAUCAGAACAGAGGCUCUUGCCAAGGAAAUCGUCUAUCAAGACAAAUCUCUGGCAGACAUUUUGGAUCCAGACUCCAGAAUGAAAACAACAAUGGACCUGAUGGAAGGUUUGUUCCCACGAGAUGCUAAUGUGCUGGAGGAAGGCAGAACCAAGAGGAAGGCCUUGCAGAAAACAGUCAGUUGCUCAGGAUGUGAUGGCAAGAGAAGUGAUGACAAGGAAGCAGUGGGCAUGCUGAUCCACUGCCCUGCCUACUACAAUGUAUCUGCUGCCAAGGCUGAGCUUCUGAACAAAAUCAAGGAUAUGCCAGAAGAGGUGAAUGAGGAAGAGGAGCAAGUGGAUGUCAACGAAAAAAAGGCUGAACUCAUUGGAAGCCUCACCCACAAGCUCGAGACCCUCCAGGAAGCAAAGGGAAGUCUCCUCAUGGACAUCAAGCUAAAUAAUGCCUUGGGAGAAGAGGUGGAGGCUUUGAUCAGUGAACUCUGCAAGCCAAACGAGUUUGAAAAAUAUAAGAUGUUCAUAGGCGACUUGGACAAAGUGGUCAACCUGCUGCUCUCCCUCUCUGGGCGCCUUGCCCGUGUUGAAAACGUCCUUAGUGGCCUCAGUGAAGAUGCUAGUAAUGAGGAAAGGAGCUCUCUGAAUGAGAAGAGGAAGAUCUUGGCCGGGCAGCACGAGGACGCUCGGGAGCUCAAGGAGAACCUCGAUCGCAGGGAGCGCGUUGUGCUGGACAUCUUGGCCAAUUACUUCUCAGCCGAGCAGCUCCAGGACUAUCAGCAUUUUGUGAAAAUGAAGUCAACACUCCUCAUAGAGCAGCGGAAGCUGGAUGACAAGAUAAAGCUGGGCCAGGAGCAGGUCAAGUGUCUGCUGGAGUCACUUCCCUCAGACUUCACACCCAAGGCCGGGGUCCUCACCCUGCCCCCAGCACUCACCAGCCACACUACUCCUGCUGCAGGGUGUUUGGUCGGUGGCAUUUGCCCAACAUUAACCUCUCCACUAUAACCUCUUCUAAAAGGCCCAACCAAAAGAUCACCACUUCUCUCAACACUAUUUAAUCUGAAAAAUGUUUCACUAUGAACUACUGUUUAAACUGUGGGUUAUUGGGAUUUUCCUGGGUAAAAAGAACAUUCUAUCCAGGAAGAAGCCAAUUUUUCCUUUCCUGCCUUUCAUGAUUGAUCUUCCGAGAGCUUGAAUGCUGCUGGAAAAUUUCCCCUUAUUACUUUGUAGUAGAAAGAAAGUUAAUGAAACUGCAAACUGAUUGAAGGGUAUUUGAUUGUUUAGAUUUUAACAAGCUGAGGCAACAUGUGUGUGUCACCCUUAGGAAUGUAUCCACAGUGGACUUCCUUGCUGGUGGGCAGUGAACCCUAAUGACAGGGUACAAGUACCAUGAAUGAAGGGUCUGCAACACAAAGCCUUAAAAAGACACACAUUAAGAAAAUUGUAAAGCCUUGAACAUUCUUAUUUAUAAUUUUAAAAAUGAAAAAGAUCAUUGUUUGUGUGCUAACCACUUAUUGAUUCUAUUUUGUGGUGGAUGUAGAUAAUUGUGUUUGAGCUUUGUAUUUUGUGAAAACCUUAAUGAAAAAUUCCAAAGAUAGUCACAUUGAGUAUGGAGACCUA